AUGAAAAUUUAUGAGUUCACUUUAACAAGUUCGCUGUCCAGUAUUGUCAUAAACAUUGAAAGUCUAGGCUGUAUGUGCAGCGCCAUUUUAGUAUCCUAUUUACUGACUCCAGGUCAUCACGUUCUAUUAUUUGCGGUUUGCAUGCUAGCAACUGCAUGUUGUGGUUUCUUAUAUACGUUGCCGCAUUUCGUUUUCAAAGACAAUCUGAACAAAGAUAAGAUUGCGAUGACGAAAGAUUCAGGACAAACAAAUCAACAUUACGAGACAACAAUGUGCAACGCAUCGCUCGGCGUUGUCGAAAGUUCCGUAGAUUUGUGUAUGAAUGAUCAGGAAGAAGAGACGGACGUAGGUCCAAACUAUGUGGCUCUUACGAUGUUCAUCGUGUCAGAAUUUAUGGUUGGUGCGGAUGGAGCGUGUUUAUGGACGGUUGCAAACCUUCAUACUUGCAUAAGUGUGGCGUUCUCAGCCAGAUUCCUCUCACCCGUCAUUGCUUCUGCUCUCGCCAGUAUUUUCCUAACUUUGCCGAUAAACCUGACAAUUAAGAUAAAAUGCAAUUUUUUUGUCAGAAACUUCCUUGACGCCCAACCAUCCGAGAUGGAUACGAGCUUGGUGGCUUGGUUAUCUAAUUUGUUUCAUCAUAAACACCAUUAUAGCAAUCCCUACAUUUUCUUACCUAAAAGAUUUGAAGUAGCCAACACAAAUGAAAUCAAGCUGGAUUUCAUGGACGAUCGGACAAAUAUAAAAGAAAAAUCAAAAUUUAAUGAAAAUGUCGUCAACAAUACGAAAUUAAAAAACUUUUGCCUAGCCUUCAGCAGGUUGAUGAGCAAUCCAAUUUUUUUCCUGAUGACGGUGGGAAGUUGUUUUGACACUUACUCCCUUCCUUUCUACAACUACCUGCCCAAAUACGUUGAAGUUCAUUUCCAGCUGACAGCUUCGAUGGCGAGUAUUAUUGGAGUGAUGAUUCUUUCGGUCGCUGGUGGAAUAUUUUCAUACGUUGGUGGAGUUAUAAGUGGUAGGUUCAAACCAUCUGUAGACAACGGAGUAGCCAAAAACAUGACUUUUGUGUGUGUGGCGUCUCUAGCAAAUUUAAUAGUUUUGGUAGCUCUCAUGUUUCUUCAAUGUCCCAACAGCAACUCCCCUUUACGGAUAUUCAGAACUAACAGAAAGGUUAACAAUUUGAACAACUUCCUAAGCGGAGUCCAAUUUUAUAGUUUUACAAAUUUAGCUGUAAGCUAUCUCAGUCCUCAAAUUAUCUCAAUUAUUUAA